ACCAUGCUCGUUCUUUGGGACCCAUUCAGUAAUGAAGCAAUUGUAAAACUUGUGACUGUCCUUGUAUCGUUGAAAUAUCUCUAUUUACUUAUAUAAUAACACAUCUUCUUCACUAUGUAUUCCUCAAGUGAUCUGUGCUUUUUUCCAAUGGCUUUGAGGUCACAUUUUCUAGCUGUGUUCCUUUUCUCAGCAACUCUCUCAUCUUGCCUCGUAGUCUCGGCUUCGCUCGUGGAAGGGAAAGUCUCUUGUUUCGACUGUCCCAAUGAUUAUGAUUAUUCAGGAAUCACGGUCGGAGUUAGCUGUAGCCACACAAACACGCGGUUCACUGUAACAACUGACAAGAAGGGUGACUUCAUAUCGGAACUUCCCUCAAAGAUCGAAUCAAACUGUGAAGCAGAACUCCAAGGCAGCGUCAAGCAACUUUAUGCUUCCAAGAAUAACGUUAAGUCGAAGAUUGUUAAGCUUGGCGGUGACAAAUAUGGUCUCUCUUCCAAGUUGUUCUUCUUGAAAUCAUGUCCAAGAAGCUUCGGAUCUUUUAGUUCGUCCAAGACCGUUGAUUUACCAGUUCCUCCCGAGUGGGGGCUGGCUCCGACCAGUUAUUACGUUCCUUUCUUGCCCAUCAUCGGUAUCCCAUGAUACGCACCGUUUUAAUCCUUGUUUUGUGUGUUUUAUGUAAUAUAUUCAAAUUAUAUAUGUGUAGAGGACAUGUAACUAUCUUAGCUGUUCUUUUCAAGUUCAUGCUUGAACUGAAGUUUGUGUGUGAACUUAGUGUCUGAAGAUGGUUUAUUUUUUUUUAAAAUAUCAGUAUUACUUUUUAUUUUGUGUCCACUGACAUAACAUAUUGUUCAGACUGUAUCAUUCAUUAAUCUUCAAUGCAGGAAAAAGGAGUGGGUGGUUCUGCUCUUCAAAUAAUCCACACAAUUACAUAUAUUCUAUUAUUAUGACUAUGCUUUUAAUUCUCAUUUCUGAGAGGAGUUUAGUGAUUGGUAGAUCAUCGAUGUUGUCUCUAAUUUAUUUUAUAAUUGUUUAGUUAGAUUUGUAUAUCAGAGCAGUUAAAUAUUUUGAUCUGCCAAUAUAUGCUAAUGAAAUUUAUCAAGUUUU